GCCCAUCACCGCCACUACGGACGCCUUUGCCUCCAUCUACUCCUCGCACCGUGGCCGCCGCUCUCCGCGCUCCCCUCCGGCUUCCACCAGCCCAUCGCUCCCCGCUCGCUCGGCUGCUGCAGUCGCGCGCUCUCUCUCUCUCUCUCUCACUCGCGCUCUCUCUCGCUCUCCCUCAAGUUUCCUAUCUCCUCAGAUCAGGGCAAAGGGAAGAAAACACCCGAUUCUGCUUGCUGUUUCAGAGCGGCAAUGAAGACGAAAUUAAACACCUACAACAUGCAGUUGCUGUUUCUUGUUUUCUUGGUGUGGGACCCAGCCAGGUUGGUGCUGGCUAACAUCCAAGAAGAUGAGGCUAAAAAUAACAUUACCAUCUUUACAAGAAUUCUAGACAGACUUCUGGAUGGUUACGAUAAUCGGCUUAGACCAGGACUGGGAGACAGUAUUACUGAAGUCUUCACUAACAUCUACGUGACCAGUUUUGGCCCUGUCUCAGAUACAGAUAUGGAAUAUACAAUUGAUGUUUUCUUUCGACAAAAAUGGAAAGAUGAACGGUUAAAAUUUAAAGGUCCUAUGAACAUUCUUCGACUUAACAAUUUAAUGGCUAGCAAAAUCUGGACUCCUGAUACCUUCUUUCACAAUGGGAAAAAAUCAGUAGCUCAUAAUAUGACAAUGCCAAAUAAGCUUCUCCGAAUCCAGGAUGAUGGGACGCUGCUGUACACAAUGAGGCUUACAGUUCAAGCUGAAUGUCCAAUGCACCUGGAGGAUUUUCCUAUGGAUGCCCAUUCAUGUCCUCUAAAGUUUGGCAGCUAUGCAUAUACAACCUCAGAAGUCACUUAUAUUUGGACUUAUAAUGCAUCUGAUUCAGUACAAGUUGCUCCUGAUGGCUCCAGAUUAAAUCAGUAUGAUCUUCUGGGCCAAUCCAUUGGAAAAGAAACAAUUAAAUCCAGUACAGGUGAAUAUACCGUAAUGACAGCUCAUUUCCACUUGAAAAGAAAAAUUGGGUAUUUUGUGAUUCAGACAUAUCUGCCUUGCAUCAUGACUGUCAUUCUCUCCCAAGUGUCAUUCUGGCUUAACAGAGAAUCUGUGCCUGCAAGAACAGUGUUCGGAGUAACAACUGUUCUAACAAUGACAACUCUAAGCAUCAGUGCGAGGAAUUCCCUCCCCAAAGUGGCAUAUGCAACUGCCAUGGACUGGUUUAUCGCUGUUUGCUAUGCAUUUGUGUUCUCUGCCCUAAUUGAAUUUGCAACUGUUAACUACUUCACCAAAAGAGGAUGGGCUUGGGAUGGGAAGAGUGUAGUAAACGACAAGAAAAAAGAAAAGGCCUCUGUCAUGAUACAGAACAAUGCUUAUGCGGUGGCUGUUGCCAAUUAUGCCCCGAAUCUUUCAAAAGACCCAGUUCUCUCCACCAUCUCCAAGAGCGCAACCACGCCAGAACCCAAUAAGAAGCCGGAAAACAAGCCAGCGGAAGCCAAGAAAACCUUCAACAGUGUUAGCAAAAUUGACAGAAUGUCUAGAAUAGUUUUCCCAGUUUUGUUUGGUACAUUUAAUUUAGUUUACUGGGCUACGUAUUUAAACAGAGAACCUGUAUUAGGGGUCAGUCCUUGAAUCUAGACACAGGUUAUCUUUGGGAUGUACAGCAACAUAGAACUUUGUUUGUUUUGCUAUGUACAGUCUGACUAAUAACUGCUAAUUUGUGAACCAACAUGUACAGUGUGUAUCUAGUCCUAGAGCUCACCAGUAGACCUCUAACGGAGACACGCAUUUGCUAACUCGUGGAACUGCAGGCAGAAAGCACCCCUACCCAAGGAGCCAUUGCCUUUUUUUGAAGAUUUACCCUAGGAACUCGUUUAAAGUGGGUUUCAUGUGACCUGAUUUGUUUCCUACUAGUGAUGAAAAUGGGGAUCCUGUACCACACUUGAUGAACUAUUUUGCUUUAGGUCUUAAAUAGGACUCUUUUUUACUGUCGCCUAACUAUAAUGUAAGAUAACACUGUCAUUCCAAGACGAACUCUUCUAAAUCACAGAACCUCCUAUCUGCGACAUCAGUUCCCUUCAUGAGUGCUCAGAAUCCCUGCUAGUGUAAUUGGAAGCUUAGCACACAUCCGAAGAAAACUAGAGAUCUGAAAUCAGCUUUUAAUUACUCUGUAUAGUAUCUAUAGCAACAUAUUACCGCAUGACAAGUUCAAAUAAUUACAAGUCACUCCUGACAGGAUGUUAAUUAUGCCUAGAAUUUAAUAACGAUCAGAAUGUCAUGGUCAUUACAUUUUAGCAUCAGAGUUUAUUUGGGAGUAAUAAUUAAAAUCCUACAGAUUAUUUUAAUCAUUGGAAACUACCUUAAAAAAAAAAAGACAAAUGUGUCUUACUCUUUCCAGGUAUGUGUUGUAUUGAAAUUGAUCAGCUAAAUUUUCUUGGUGCUGGAGACUGGAAAAAAGCAUCCAGUUUGGCUGCUGUGGAGCAACAUUCAUAUUGGAUUAGAAAAUUGUGCCAAAAACUCCCACCGAUGAGAAUUUAUAGGUGUCCCAGAGUAUAGAUGAGCACUUACAUGAUUCUCUUCUUUCCUGUUUACUGCAAAUUCUGCCUUAAGGCUUCUUGUCAUCAGGACUCAGAAGCCACUAAUUACAAAGGAAAGAGCAGUUCAUUGGCACAUUUUUCUGUCUUGAAGCAGCGCUUUCAGAUAAGAAUUAAUGUAAAUCUGCUUUUGUAAAUUGAAACUUUAAAUUUCACUGACUCAAAUUUACAACAGCUUUAUAUACCAGAAGAGGUUUUGGUAAGAGUUGAACCUUUUUAAACAGAAACUUUAAAGCAUCACCAACAGAUUGUGGAUUAGUUCACCUGCACACACACAGACAGACACACACACACACAUUAACUAAAUUACACACACACACAAAUAGCUAAAUUAGAAACCACAGUUUUCAAUUUUAUAUAAUUACUAAUGAUUAAUGGGUAAAAUUCAUUUUUCUUCUAAUAUUUAAAAUAUACUCUCUAUGCCCCUGAAAUGUGUUAAUAGAAGUUAACAAUUGUGUCUCAUGCCUAGAUUUAACAUUUUUGGCAAACCCCAAAUCCUUUUGACUCACAUCCACAUUAGCAGUUAUUAGUUGACUUUUACUAAUAGAUACACCUUUAUGAUGGUGUUUUUGUAGAAACAUAACUAGUCAAAUAGUGGCAUUUCUUGCAGUUUUGUACAGUAUUUCAGUAUAGUGCAUAAAUAAGUAUGUUCAUAAAAUCAAAUAAAAGGAGUAUCUUAUGGAAAUAAGCAAAAUCACAACAAAAAUUGCUAUUCCUUUGCCUCGUUUAAUUUUUUUCAUUUUCUUUGUUUUAGUGUGAUUCUAUUAUGUGCUUUGCAUGACUGUAUUAAUACCAAGGUCACAAAUGCAUCUUAUUAACAGAAUUUGCCGUGAAGACAGCUUUGACAUUAAAAAUUCCCUCAAAAAAGGUAAUCCAUAAUUCUUAAUAAAAUAAAAUUGUUACAUGAGCUAAUAAAUGUAGUUCUUUAAUUCCCUUCCAAUUACAGCUUCUUUGUCAUCUAAAUAGUUUUAACAUAUGCACUUUGUUCAUACAUUGAAACGGAAGCUAUCCUAUUUUCCAACACAUUUAAAUGUAACCUAGAUCUUCGGUAGAGUUUAGGAAAAUGUACAAGAAACUAAGAAAGUGCACCAUGCUUGAGGGCAAGCAGUAAAAAUGCUUUGUAGGGUAGGCAUUAUUAGACACUCUAAAAAUACUGUUCUUGUAAGUUCUGCAUUUCCCCCUUCAUGUCUGACUAUAAAUUAUAAAUUUAUAAAUAUGUACAUAUGUAAAAAAUAGUUGUAAAUAGCAGUUUCUGUGUGACAGCAGAAAAGACUCAAAUUUGCCUUUGACAAAGGGCUGCACCUACAUUGAUGGCACAAGUUUUAUUAACAUUUAUGGUAGAUUGGCCAGAAAAGUUAUUCUUAUUGUUAUCCUUAUUUUUAGUUUUAAUUGCCAAAAUCUUAUUUGAGCUUACUAACAUCCCAACAGUUCAGAUUUUCUGAUAAUGUAGAUCAGGAUUUUCUAUUAUUUCUCUAUGUUGCUGUAUUUUUUUAAUGCACUUCUUAAUCUUUUAAGGUUUAGAUAAAUCAAAGGGAGCUUUUGGUCUUGCUGGAGAGAGGGAGGAUGUUCCAUCGAAAAUGAUUUUAAAUUAUAGAACUAUAGUGUUUACAGUCAUUCUCCCUUCCAGAAACCAUUGUAAAGAUGCAAAAUAAAAGUGACAUGAAUUUAUUAAAAUGAGACCAAUUUUUCAGGAAAUACACUUUUAAUAUACUAACAGAAGUCUCUUUGGCCCAUAAUACGAUGCCUAUUUUAUGCAGUUGUACAUUGACAAAAAGUGUUAUGGUGUGUAAAAAAUGUAGAUAAGAACCUGUGCAUAUACAGAGAUAUAGUCUCAUUAUUGUAAAGCUGCUGCUCUGAUUUAGCUAAUAUUUAUUCAACAGAUAUUUUUUUACCUCCUACUAUGUGCCAUACCGUGGGGAUGGUGUUAAUAACACUCAUAUCACACUCACAGAAUUUAUUCGAACAUUAAAGUGCACCUUCUUCUUCUAAAGACUUAAGAUCAAAGGCUAAAUGGAGCAUGUGAAUUAAUUUAGCACUAAGAGUUGUUCUCAUGAGCUAUAAGUUCAUGAGUGUGUUAAGGUAGUGGCUGUUUUGUUUUUUCCUCCUAUGCAUGUUCCUAUUUCUUUAAUACAAAAACGGAACAAAUAUAACCAUUUUGUAAUGAUUUUAAACGUCUGUGAUUUUUAAAAUGCCAGUGUUACUGUUUAGCAAUCUUCAGGGAUCUCUCAAAUUUAUCUCAGGUUUGGAUAAGUGAUCCCCUUCAGUGACAUUUCCAAUUUUUUCUCUUAUACAUUUCAUAGUUUAUUUUAAAAGAGCACAGAUGCUGUUAUUUCACUCAUAUUUUUCUUUGUGUAUACCUAUAUGUGUGUGUAUAUAUAUGUAUAUAUACACAUAUGUAUAUGAUGAAAUCCAAUAUUUAAUUAUGAUGUGGUUCUUUUUAUAUUCCCGGCUAAGGGAACUGAAUUCUGCCAUGGUAUCAUAGAUUCUAGAGGGGCAUCAAAGCUCUGUGGAUUCUGUCACUAAUGUACUUUGGCGUGGCCCGUCAUCAUUUCAAUGGGAGGACAAGGGAAGUAAGUCAAGUCGCCUUCAGCAAAGUCAUAGUUCUUCAGCAUCUAUUAAGACUUUUUUCAAAUGCUCCAUUCUUGAUGCCUCAGACAAUGCCUGUGAAGCACUGAAAUGUUCAUUAUUUAACUUGAAAUCUGAGACCAUAUUAAUAGGCUUAUUAAUAUUAAUAGGUUUACCAAACACCAAACUGUAUAGGUUGUUCCUGUCGUUAGUCUUCUGACAUUCUCACAGGCAUCUGCAUAUUUUUGAAGCAAUUUGCAGAAUUUUUUCUUAUAAAAAGAUUCAGAAUUUCAAGGGAAUCAAGCUGACCCGUUGCUACCCUAUAGUGCGUUUAUUAACUUUUUAAAGAAAUUUAAAUUCAAUUAAUUAACAUCUAGUGUAUUAUUAGUUUCAGAGGUAGACUUCAGUGAUUCGUCAGUUGCAUAUAACACCCAGU